CGGAAUUCAAUGAUAUUCCUGUCACGGCAUCGAUGGGAUGUGUCGUGAUGUGGCACUAGAAAGAAGAUCGACGAAAGGAACGAACAAUCCCAUCACGCCUACCCAGCGCUGGGCGCCCACAAGAAAUGCGCGGRAUGCUCCUCUGCAGAUGGGGGGAACGAGCUCUUCGCCACUCGCGCCAAUGCGUUGACACCRGCAAAGGCAAUCCACCCCUCCGGUACAGCUAUGGAAGGAUCCUCCCCUCGUGGGUCGCAUCCCCUCGGUUCCUUUCCUCGGAGGAAACAACGAGGGGCGCCGUCCGCCGAGCCGAGGGAUUCGUCCGCUACGCCCUGUCCUUCCAGUACCACGGGGGGUCCUUCCUGGGGGUUUCCUACCAGGGCCCGGACGCCGAGGAUUGCGUCGUGGUCAAGACCAACCGCAGUCGCAAACGUCGAAAGAACCAAACGAUCGAGGUGGACCUGCGGGGGCACCGAUCGGUCGAGGGAAGGCUGAGAGAGGCCCUCGACGAUCUUUUCGGGAGCAGCGACUGGGACAACCUCCAGGUUUCGAGCCGGACGGACCGAGGGGUCCACGCCCUAAAGAACACGCUGCACGUCGACGUGAGGGUGCCAACGCCGGACGCGGAUCGCAAAUCGAACACGAGAUCGACGGAGCGAAAACUCCGCGACGGACUCAAUUUCUAUCUCUCGCGGCAGCACCAAAAGGAACAAAGGCAGCACAAAGAGCAAGGAACGACCGACCGCAGCAAUUUCCCAACCGACMCGAGGUCCAAGCACUCGAAUUUCAGGAUGCACGAGCUGCGGAUUCUCGGCGCCGUCUUGUCUCCGGAGUUCAUGGACAACACCGAGGAAGGCAUCGCGAGGGGCCAGCCCCACCGCGUCGAUUGGAACGCGCGGUUUAGUGCUACCCAGCGCACCUACGUCUAUCGGCUGCUUCUCCCGGGAAUCGCACCGAACCAGAACCACGGCAAACCCAGUGAUGGGGAGGAGGAGAAGGACGACGACGACGACGACGAAAGCGAAAAAGCGGUACCGAGAUCGCAGGGUCAGCCGCUGUCCCCGUCGUUCUUUGGGAUCCCCUUUGAGUGGGACCGGGCCUGGUGCCUCGGCCACAAUGGCCUGGAUCUUAUCGCCAUGCAAGAAGCCGCCGGGCACCUGGAGGGAACCCACGACUUUUCGGCCUUUCGGGGCCGCCUCUGCCAGCGCAGCUCCCCGAUCGUCUCGAUGGCCUCCGUGGACGUUUCUCUCCACGGGUUGGGGUUUGGGGUGCCGGACGAUCCCUCCACUGCCCCACGGCUCGUGACGAUUUCCUUUGUUGCCAACAGCUUUCUGUACCGACAGGUCCGCAACAUGGUGGGGUGCCUGGUGGAGGUCGGCAAGCCGGGGGGGCGCCUCGGCCCCGGUGACGUCCGGGAGAUGCUGCGGACGGGGGCGGGCGGAAGAACCUCCCCGCGCGAGCCCCGGAGGUACGCCACGGCUCCCCCGCAGGGUCUCUUUCUGGUCGACGUCGAGCACGGAAGCUUUCGGUUUUGACGGGGAACGAGGGGACAGCCAACACCACACACGAUAGACGCGUACUAGAAUAAAAAUUACCCAUACUA